AUGUCAGCCUUUUGGAUCAUGGGCGUGAGAGCCGUGUCGGACAGUCUCACCGUACGGGAGGCCUUAUCGGGCGUGUUUGGGAGCAUCAGUCUUGCGACCUGGAUUUUCUUGCUGCUUCCCCAGCUCUACCUCAACUACAAGACUGGCAGCGCCGAGGGCAUCUCCCUCGCCUUCCUAUGCGUCUGGCUCAUCGGUGACAUCACCAAUCUAUCUGGAGCUCUUUGGGCCGACUUGGUUCCAACGGUCAUUGCGUUGGCCAUCUACUUCUGCUUUGCGGAUGUGGUGCUCAUCACGCAAUGUCUGUAUUACAACCACAUCAACUCGUCGAAUGCUGCUCGGCAUCCCUCUGUUGCGCCGGCUGUUACCGAAGACGUUGAGAGAACUUUUAUUCACAAUGCUGCAGAACCCCUCCUCCAACGCCACCGUAGCAGUGACACAAUCGGCCUCCCAGGCUCCCAUCGCCGGCGCUCCUCCGCGCUCUCGACCUCUCGCAAUUCCGGGACCAAAAUCCUCGAGAGAGAUGAAGACGCUGGCAUGCAGCCGUGGCUCAAGAACCUGCUUAGCAUUGUCGGCGUCAUCUUUGUGGGGACCGCCGGUUGGGCCAUCGCGUGGCAGGCUGGUGUGUGGGCGCCGAUAAACACGCCUAGUGCUGGGGACGAUGUUGAUGCUCAGACGACGGCACUAGGAGCAAAGAUUUUGGGAUAUAUAAGUGCGGUGUGCUAUCUUGGCGCCCGCAUCCCCCAAAUCGUCAAAAACUACCGUGAAAAAUCCUGCGAAGGCCUCGCCCUCCUCUUCUUCCUCCUCUCGCUCAUGGGUAAUUUCACCUACGGCAUCUCUAUCCUCGCGCACUCGCUUGAGAAGGACUACAUCUGGACCAACCUACCAUGGCUAAUUGGCAGCCUGGGCACGAUGGCCGAGGAUGCGAUCAUCUUCGUGCAGUUCCGGAUGUAUGACCCGAAGGAGAAGGCCGGGCUAGCUGUCGAGUGA